GGCUUUUUUUUUAUUACUUAAAUGUGCUUUUAUACACAAACGUUGACCCGCAGAACAACAUUUGAUUCGUUUUCACACGGAAGCACAGCACUGCGGCCGAGUCUAGAUGAAUGCUUUGGAAUUAGUCACAGCAGAGCCCAACUGAUUGAGGAUAUCCUGUAAAGACUCCUGCAGCUUGGAGGAGGUGGGAUGGAUGGAAGGCUUCGACCAGAAAGCGACUUCACACAACAGUUGUCCUCACACUACAUUCACAAGGAGUGUCAGCUACUGAAUUAGGCUGCUUUCGUAUAGUUUUUUUGGGAUCAUUUCGCACAAAUUCUGGCACAGCUACAAAUGAAGGGAUUCAGAGCCUUGUAGUGCACAACUGGAUGAGCCUUUUCUAUUGAACAGCAUACCUUUUCGAGUAUGAUUUUGGAUUACGCGCUUUUGGAUUUAAAUUUUUUUGGAUGUGAAUAAUUUAUAAAUCGACAAUCACAAUGCUGAAAUGUUAUGUCCGUUAUGUAGCACUUUUGUUGGCAUCAGGGAUCGUCAUGUGUGUAGCCGCCCAGGAACAGGCAUGUAGCAUCAACAUGACAGAGGCCAACGCCAGUAUGAAUUCUAUAACGCUGAGGCUAACCACACCUGGACAGGUGUGUAACUUCACCGUGUUGGCUGUGGACAGUAGCUCAGAAGUAACAGACUGUGUGAAAGACCAAGACGAGACAUUCGAAUGCCUUUUGGGGAGCCUGGAACCAGGCACGUCAUAUCACCUGGAAAUAAGGUCAGGGGCCGACUCGGAAAGAGCCAAUGUCACCCUGCAAACAAGUCCAUCAACAGUCAGGGGCCUACAAGUGUCCGCGACCUCAAAUAACCUGGGAGUUUCCUGGCAGCCUGGACCAGGGAGGACUGAGCGUUUCAGGCUACUGCUCACAGACUGGCUGGGCGUGGUGAGGAACCUGACUCUGGAGAGCAACACAACGAACUGUACAGUCACCGGACUGGUCCCGGGACACUUGUACAAUGUUACCAUGGUGACAGAGACAGGGGGCUUCCAGAGUAACACUUCAAGACAAACCCAGACAGUACCCUCUGCAGUAUCAAACCUGAGGUUACAUCACAAUGGUAGCCAAUACAGUCUGAAGGCAUCUUGGAGUCGACCACCGGGUGAUGUGGACACUAUAUUAGUUGUCCUUACCUCCACUGGAACCCACCCUCGGGAGAAGACGCUGUCUCCCGAAACCGUGGAGGCACUCUUCGACCAGCUGACCCCAGGACGAAACUAUCAGGUGUUGGUUACCACCAAGAGCGGAGAGCUGUCCAACCAAUCAACUGCUGUGGCUAACACAGUCCCUGGGAAGAUCUCCAACUUGUCCAUGGUUGCGCUGGAUGACUCCAAAUCCCUGAAGAUCAUGUGGGCUCCCCCUGGUGGGGACCUGGAGACCUACAGAGUUCUACUGCUGAACGGAACCCAGAUACUGGCCAACAGGACAGCGGACAAGGGGGUGGUGGAGUACACCUUCUCUGGACUGGAUCUAGUGCCCGGGAGGACCUACAGGGCUGGGGUCAGCGUGGAGAGUGCCGGAGAGCAAGGCAAAAUGGAGUACUGCCAUGGAGGAAUGGCCCCCAAGCCGGUGGUGGGCCUCCAUAUCCGCCAUGCUGACGAGACCUCCCUCAGCACGCUGUGGGGCCACGCCCCCAACUCCGCCCGGGACGGUUACACCGUGAAGCUUCAUCACGGCAACACCACAGUGGCCGUCAGAGACCUGACCCGAGACAUGAGGGAGUGCACCUUCAAUGUGCUCACGCCCGGACGCCUGUUCACCAUCACCGUGACAACCAGGAGCGGGGAACUCGGCAGUUCUGCCUCGGUGCAGGGGAGGACAGUACCCAUAGAGGUAAGGCGUGUCCACCUGAGCAACCUCGGCCGCGUGGACAGCUUACAAGCCACCUGGGAACUCGGCCCCGGAGACUUGGACUACUGCAGCCUGGAAUUAUUUCACAACAACCAAGUUGUGCAGAACCACACUGUCCCACCCAACACCACCACGGUGCAGCUGGGAUCCCUCAGGCCUGGUGCCCUUUAUAGGCUGGAGGUCAGGACUGUUAGCGGGCAGAUAACAUCAAAGCAGAUGCUGGCUGAAGGGCGCACCGUACCUGCGGCUGUCGGUGUCGUUACCGUCGGUAACAACGGUCGUCCUGACUUCCUGGGGGUUUCCUGGCAACCAGCGGCGGGUGACGUGGAUGGUUACGUGGUCCAACUGAAGGACCGCGACCGGACCGUACACAGCCUGGUCGUCUCCAAAUCCAGCUCGGAGUGUACAUUCAACUCACUCACGUCGGGGAGGCUCUACAUUGUCUCCAUAGCGACCCGCAGUGGGAGCUUCCAGAACAACACGGCAGUGACGGCUCGCACGCAACCCUCCAGUGUCCAGAACCCCAACGCCGUCCACACAGCCAGGGACGAUUUCCUGAAGGUCUACUGGCGCCACGCAGCUGGGGACUUUGAUCGCUACCAGGUGGUCAUAAAGUACAACAACACGGUUCUUCAGAACCAGACCGUGGCCCGGUCGCAGAACGAGUGCAUGUUCAGUUCACUGGUUCCCGGGAGGCUGUACACAGUGACGGUCAGCACCUGGAGUGGGGAGUACGAGUCCAGUGUGUCCACGGACGGCAGGACGUUUCCCGCCGCCGUGCAGAAACUGUCCCUGGGGGACAGUGGCACUGGGGAUCUGGUAGUCACGUGGUCGCCGGCUCUCGGAGACGUCGACCACUACGAGAUCCAGGUCCUCUUCAACGAUACCAAGGUCUAUCCGCCUGUGACCGUGGGCAACGAAGCCAGCAGCCAGCGCCUCGCCUCGCUCACCCCAGGACGCUUGUACAAGAUAGUUGUGUCCACCUUCAGCGGGCCUUACCAGAGGCCACAGUUCAUUGAGGGCAGGACAGUCCCCAGCCAGGUAAGGAACCUCCAAGCCCGGGCAGGGGACCAGCCCGCCAGCCUGAGGGUGUCCUGGACGCCAGGUGAGGGGGACGUGGACAUGUACACUGUGUCUCUGUCCCUGGGAGGACACCCGAUGGAGACCAGACCGGUCCCCAAGCACGUCACAGAGCUGGACUUCCAGGGCCUCACACCAGGCCAGCUGUAUGGGGUCAAAGUUCAAAGCCUCAGUGGAACGCUCGUCAAUAACAGCACCACCACCGGACGAACAGUCCCGGCCGUCGUGACCGCCCUCCAGGCAGACAGCGACCACACCACCCACAGCCUGACCGUGACGUGGGAGAGCCCUUUAGGGGUGUACGAGGCCUACUGGAUCCAGCUCCAGGACGACGCGGGCAUCCUGGUGUCCAAUGCCUCCCUGCCGCCGGGCACCACCGGGCACAGCUUCGGCCAGCUCACCCCGGGGAAGUGGUACCACGUCACGGUCCGAACGGUCAGCGGGGGGGUCCUCGGCAAGGAGGCUGUCGCUGAGGGUCAAACGCGUCCGGCCGCGGUCAAGGCUCUGACCGUGAUGACCGCCAACACCAGCGGCCUGUCGUUCGCCUGGAGCCCGUCUGAGGGCUACGUGGACGGUUACGACCUGUUCCUGUAUAACGUCGACGAGACACUGCGCGGCCGCCAGAGCGUGGAGGCCGGGGCGCAGACGUGCUCCUUCACGGGCCUGGUGCCAGGGACACUGUACAAGAUGGUGGUGCUGAGUCGGAGCAGGGGGAUGAGCAGUGAUUCUUCAAUACUAGCCAGGACAGUGCCGGCCCCGGUGAGGUCCCUGCACGUCCAGGACGGAGAGCGUACGGACCGUCUCUCCGUGAGCUGGCUGCCCGGACCCGGGGAGUGGAGUGGAUAUCGGGUGGUCCUGUACGGUGGCCCGGAGGGCUCGACCUCCGUCCUGGCAGCCCACCAGCUGGGCCUGGAGCAGAGGGAGCAUCUGUUCCAGGGCCUGGUGCCAGGUCGGUUGUAUCGGGUCGAGGUGGUCACGCGCAGCGGAGAGCUGACCAAUGCUGCGUCUGCACUUGGAAGGACGGCCCCAGAGCCCCCCUCCAUGGUUUCCUUCCGAGACAUCAGUGGUGACAGUUCGGUCGAACUGUCCUGGGAAGGCCCCGCCUCGGGUGACUAUUUCAGCUUCGACCUCCAAUGGGAGCCAAAUGGGAACCUGUCAAUCACAGCGCCGCAGCCAACCAGACGCAUUCUGGGUGGGAUGUUCCCGGGGCGACUCUACAACUUCACCCUCCGCACAGUCAGUGGGGGAGGAGUCAAGGGCGGGCCUGUCACCUACAGCCAGCCCAUCCAGAGGAGCCUCAGAACAAAGCCGUCCAGUCUGCAGAACAUGCACUGCUUCCCCCAGAGUUCCUCGUCCAUCUUGUGCUCCUGGAGCUCGCCUAACUCAGACUGGGACUCCUACACAGUUGAGGUCCGUCAGGAGGAUAACUGGGAACUGGUGUAUGCCCUGGGUCUGGCCCGGGACGCUACCUUACUCAACCUGAAGAACUUGGAACCAUACAGAAGAUACCACAUAGCUGUCAGAGUGGCCUCCGCUGGCCUCAGCAGCCCCGCCUUGGAAGAAAGUGUGGUCACCAUGAUCGACCGCCCGCCUCCUACCAACGUGCAGGUCAAUGAGAAGGCGGUACGUGUCACGCCAUCCACCAUCUUCUUCAAGUUCAACUGCAGCUGGUUCAGUGACGUCAACGGCGCAGUGAGGUUCUUCUCUGUGGUUGUGGCAGAGUCUGACGAAAACGAGAUCCUACAGCCCGAGCAGCUCCAUCCUCUGCCCACUUACCAGGACUACAGAAGCAACAGCUCCGUUCGGGCCUACCAGACAGGCUACUUUCCUAGUCGCUGUGCCCAGGACCAAGACGUGGGGGCCGGGCCAGUGUUUGAGGUUAACCUGGGGGCGGGAUUGGACCGGCUCGGAGGGCCCUGUGAUUUAGAGGAGGAUGACGAACACAAUCACAACAGGAAUGUCCACCACUUCUGUGAUGGCCCUCUCAAGCCCAAGACUGCCUACAGAGUGAGUGUGCGUGCCUUUACUCAGCUGUUCGAUGAGGACCAGAGAGAGUUCCCCCGGCCCCUCUACACAGACACAUACCUGUCCGCCCCCAUCAGGACACAACCAGAACCUUUAGGAGGAGUCAUUGAGGGCAUCAGCGCAGGCAUGUUCCUCAUCGGGAUGGUAAUCGCCGUCAUCUCCCUGCUAAUCUACAGACAGAGGGUCCGCAAAGUGGCUGUCCAGGAGAGUCCUGUGGUCCGGAUGAACAUUUGGAAGGAGGUACCGACGUCUGGGAUGUACGUGGGAGUCCGAAGCAACCGACGCAUCUCAAGCCCCAUCAAAGCUUCUCACUUCGAGUCCCACCUCAACAAGCUGCAGACCGACUCAAAUUACCUCCUGUCUGAAGAGUUUGAGGACCUGAAGGACGUGGGCAGAAACCAGCCCCUGGACGCAUCCCGUCAACCAGAGAACAGGGGCAAGAACCGCUACAACAACAUAUUGCCCUAUGACUCCACCAGAGUGAAGCUGUCCUUCCAGGAGGAUGACCCCUGCUCUGACUUCAUCAAUGCCAGCUAUAUACCAGGGAACAACUUCCGCAGGGAGUACAUCGCUACCCAGGGACCCCUCCCCGGGACCAAAGACGACUUCUGGAGGAUGGUAUGGGAGCACGACGUGUACAAUAUCGUCAUGGUGACGCAGUGUGUUGAGAAAGGACGGGUGAAGUGUGACCAGUACUGGCCUUCCGACAGGGAGCCUCUGUACUACGGAGAUCUGGUGGUUCAGAUGCACUCUGAGUCGGUCCUGGCCGAGUGGACUAUCAGGGAGUUCAAUAUCCACUCCGAGGGCCGACCCGGCCACCCCCGUGUGGUCAGACACCUCCACUACACAGUGUGGCCUGACCACGGAGUCCCGGAAACCACCCAGUCCCUCAUCCAGUUUGUGCGGACUGUCCGAGAUUACAUCGACAGAUCCCCCAGCACCGGCGCCACGGUGGUGCACUGCAGUGCUGGCGUGGGUCGCACGGGCACGUUCAUUGUCCUGGACCGGGUCUUGCAGCAGCUGGAUGUCAGGGGCACCGUGGACAUCUACGGCUGUGUGUUCGACCUCAGGCUUCACCGCUCUCACAUGGUGCAGACUGAGUGCCAGUACGCCUACCUUCAUCAGUGUGUCCGAGACGUUCUGCGAGCCAGGAAGCUCCGUAGCGAGCAGGAGAACCCCCUCUAUCCCAUCUACGAGAACUUCAACCCGGACUACUACCGCGAUUUUGUGUACACAGGACGCUAAAGCAGCCUGCCUGGGACUCGACGCAACAAGCGAGUGAGAUGGGAAACGAGUGAAAAACAAGCUACAAACAGGCCCACGCUGUAUGUCACAAGAAGGGUGUAAAAUCCCGCAAAAACUUUAAAUAAUUCCCAGGUUUUCAUGAAAUUCAAGUUGGAGUAUCCCAGGAAUUAAAAGGGAAUAAGCCGGUAAUCUGCCAUCUUCCAGGAUUUUCCAGCCGAGGAAUUAAUCGAAAGUUCCUUAAGUGUUGCCACACUAGCCACAGCUAAAGCGCUACAGGGAUAUAGCCAUUUAUUUUUUUAUACACUCUUUGUUCACUGCAACCUGUCAAAAUGUCUAUACUAAAUGUAUCAGAUCAACGUAUGUAAAUGUAUUUAUGUUAUAAAAAUGGCCUGCAUUUUAGGUUGCAUCGUUUCAAUAUGAACUAUUGUGCUAUUGUUUAGCAUUUAAUUUGAAGAGCUUUAAGACAAAACCGAACAGCUACUUAAAACGUUUAUAGGCGUAGCUAGAGCAUACCAGAAGGCAUUAUUAACACAAGCUCACGUCCCAAAUGGCACUUUGUUCCUAUAUAGCACACUAUGUUUGACCCUGAUACUUAUAGGAGCAGUGGGUGCUGUUUUCUACCAAGCCGUUCCUGGAAAAUAUUUUUCUUAAUCGUAGUCGCUGUUUCAUAAUUGAAAGUAAUUCACGGAAGCAGGCAGACAAAAGGUUAGGUAACUGCCUGGCGUUUAUAUUGCGUACCACAGUUCUGUCUUGGUCCAUGUCUGAACUUGUUUAAGACACGUCUGUCAGAACAGGCGUUUGUGAAUAGUUUUCUUUAUCUCCGUUUCUUUUAUCGGUUCAUAAUAUGCAUUUAUAAUUACAGGUAACAGCCAACUAUUUUAGACGUAUGCCAGCUCAUGUUAUCUAUUCUUUGCGUGGCAGAGAGUCUACAUCUGACCAGGAAGUGUGAUGAGCGGUCUCUGAGGUGACAGUUAACAAGAUUACACUUUUUGAUGGUCCUUCAAGCCGGAUAAAGAACGGGUUUUUUCAGAGGGACAUAAUUGGUUUUAUUCAUUACCCUCUUUGAUAUAAGACAUUGCAAUACCAUGAAUUAUGUUUGCAUAAAAAAUUGGAAUAUUGCACUCUACAUACUUUUUUUUAGCUCAGCUAAAGCACAAUAUCCUCCCUCUUGGAGGCUUUCAAAUUUGGAAGUCGAAGGCUUCCUAGCUCACUGGAUCCCUAGACAGAGAAAAGACCAGAAGUAAGACUUAACUGAAAAAAACCCCAAAAGAAACAUCACACUGUAAGCAAUACUGAUCAAAUCCUCAGGAGAAGCCGGGGAUAAAGGAACAGAAUUGAAUAUAAUGUCAACAUACUGGAUCUCCGAGAGGCCUCUAGUGGCUGAGACAGUGACCUUUUCAGUUCUCAGGUUUGAGACAUGACAUUUCUCUAUCUGAGUAUAUCCCAGCCCGUAGUGAAGAAUCUUCUUUAAUAGCCAUCAUUACGUAAGUGUUUAAUGAAAAAUAUGCAAUCGUUUACUGCUUUUGGCUCAGGUCAUAAGUUGUUCACCAAAUAAGGGAAAUGGUGUGAUUUGAGAUGCAUGUAAUUAUCUUCUUAGCCUUGGUUCAUGUGAAAUGAAAAUAGCUGUUCUGAAUGGAAUAACAUCUUAAUAGUAGAAUUUUGGUUCAAUCAGCAGACAAAUGUGUAUUUCUCCCUGUAGGAAGAACUAUUGAAUUUCAUGGGAAAGAAUCGAUUCGUGUUUAGUCUUGUUCCCCUCUUCACUAAAAAAAUUGCCAGUGAGUGGCCUGGGGUGGUCUAGCAGUUUAAGCCAAUGCCUCUUGUGAACAAUCUAACGCUUCAGCAUGGGUUUGAUUCUGGCCCACUGCUAAUUUCAGCUCAAUCUCUUCUCUAUCUGUCUAUAGCCUAUACACAACUAUACACAGUAUAAACAUUAUAAAAAUACUUACUCCAGAUAAUAUAGUGUGGAGUUAAAGGGACACAUUGCACUGGGAAUUCUCCUACAGUUUUUCUUGCUGCAUGUUUUAUAUAUAUAUGUGUAUACAUAUGUAUUCCCUUCCUUCUUACCAAGCCAAUCAGUACAUUCUCAGUGACUAGAGAUAAUUUUUUAGUUUGGAUCAGGCCUAAAGCAGCUAAAACAAUGCAAGGGCUGUUAUCCACUUAUUUAUAAUCUUCUACCUCACAAACUAACCCACACUUGACCUCCGGAACUAAACCCUCGAAUCAAGGACUUUACGCAUCGUCCUAAUUGGUUUCUGACUCUGUAUCUUGUCUCCGAUUAUUACUCAUGAGAAAGAUUAGGCAAUGUACCAAGUAAUUACUUUCAGCAUCUGGUUACCUGAAGUCGUUCAUCCCUCGAGAACAAAAAGUUGUAUUAAUUAAGCAUAAUGAAUCACUGAAUGAUGUUAUGUGAUUAGUAACAAGAGUAUCAUCUCCACAAGUAGCUUCUCAUUCUGUGAACACGCUGGUCGAUUAAGUCGGUUUAUCCAUUUAGAUUGGCCCCUCAAGAAGGAGCCUACCCUGCUAGCAACAAUCUGUCGUUAGGAUGUCCCCAGGAAGUCAGGAAGUCGAGCGGCAUCUUUAGGACGUCUUUUGGUGGCUGGGCCGUCGCCUCGUUCUGAAGCCUGGGGCGACUUCCUGUGCUAACACAAUGCCUUCACAGGACGUCAGUGCGUCUCAACACACCGGUAGAGGUUGUACAUUUUAUUACAUGAACGUUGUUGUGGCCACCGUCGGUGGCCUUGUGUAACAACUGUAACGUGGCCUGGAGCUCUAGGAAAAGAGAUGCUUCUCAGUCUGAAUAUCUUUACACUGGAUGAAUGUGAAUGUACAUAUGUUGUAUUAUGUGCCCAUAUUUUGGCGAGCCGCAUUUAUCUGUGUGUAUCUGCUGAUAUGUUAAUCUACAGCAUGUGUCAUGUAUAUCAGUGAAAAAGCUAAAGAAUGUCCUGAGUGUUAGCUAUGAUUACAUGUGGUGUAUAAGGCCAAGAAUAUGCCUGAAUAUCAGUUAUUAUCUAUGCAGCCAUGUUAAGCGUAUCAAAUAAAUAUGAAUUUAUUGACCUCUUGAAUAAACAAAUAGGUUUUAUGAUUAUUAUUAUUAAUAAAAUGUUUUUUUUGUUGUUACAAGCUAUUAAUGAUAAAUUGUCAGCUGCAGAUGUUAGAAAUUAUGUGCAAAGACAGAGUAAUCUUCAAGGGGAAGUUAAUUGCGACAGCAACAAAAAAAAUCAUGUAGAGACUCGAGCUGUCUGAUUGAACAGCACUGAUCUUACAGAAGGUAUUACCCUGAUUCUGUCAGUCAGAGAAAGGCCUUAGAUCUCAGUGUGUAUAGGGGCCCUCUCUGUGGCCAAGCUGUUCCAGAGAGAUGAUAAGAGGACUGGGCAUAUGUGCCUUUAUGACAACUGUCAGCCACUGAAUCUCCAAGAAUCUCCAUUUUGAAAUAGUCAUUGUUAUUCUUUCACGACUGGUCACGAAGAGAGCUCAGUCGAUUAAUCUGGAAGCCACACCCGGUUGCACCAUUUUAAAAUGGCCGAAGCCCUGAAUGCUAAUGUCCAUGCCAGAAUCUUUCUUUUUUGUCUAAGAUAUGGUCUCUCAGACCAAUGGUUAUGGCAGUACAGAGGAUAAAUAAAUUAGCCUGGCUGGUUUUUAGUCUUGAAAUAAAACCCACAGGUUUGAAGGGACACAUGACUUCAAUUUGACAAUGUAAUUCCUACAAUAAUGACGACUGACAAACUGUAACCUACCUAAUGAAUAAAGACAUUUAUCAAUCUCA